GGAAGUUGUCAUAGAAUGAGUUGGCACACAUACCGGAAGCAGAUUAAUGUGAAGUGUGAUCAGGGUGCAGCAGAAGUUUUGACACAUUCUUGCAGGCCUUUCUGUGAAUAUAUCUGCUUUUACUUCAAAUUCUACUCACAGGGAGCCGUCAUGAGUCUUCAAUGGACGGCUGUGGCUACGUUUCUGUACGCCGAGGUGUUUGCUGUACUACUGCUAUGUGUCCCUUUCAUCUCCCCAAAACGAUGGAGCAAAUUUUUCAAGUCUAGGCUGGUCUCUGUCAUCACAACGUAUGGAAACACUGCCUUCAUCGUCAUCAUUUGUAUUCUUGUCUUUCUGCUCAUAGAUGCAUUUAGAGAAGUGAGAAAAUACAGUGUGUCAGAGAAAGUGGAUCUGAGCAACAACCCCGUGGCCAUUGAGCACAUCCACAUGAAGCUCUUCAGAGCCCAGAGGAACGAAUACAUCGCCGGAUUCGCUCUGCUCCUGUGUUUGCUGUUGAGACGUCUGGCCACACUGCUGUCUCAGCAGGCUACACUGAUGGCCUCUAAUGAAGCCUUUAAAAAGCAGGCGGAGGGAGCAAAUGAUGCUGCGAAGAAGUACAUGGAGGAAAAUGAGAAACUGCAGGAGAAACUGCGGGAAGUGGGCGUUGAAUUGCCUGAAGUGGGUGGAAAGGCCAAGGGUGGCGUGGAGGAGGAUAAGAAGAAUCUGACAGAAGAGGUCAGGAAACUGAAGGAUGAACUCGACGCAACAAAGAAAGCUCUUCAGAAGUCAGACAGCGAUGUGAAGGCCAUGAAGAAGCAGGCUGGGAACCUCACAGCGGAGUACGACCGUCUGCUGGAGGAACACGGCAGACUGCAGGCCAAAUGCGACUCUCAGCAGGACAAGAAGUCAGACUGAACGAACAUCAUCGUGCACCUGCUCUCUUUCCUGCAUCCUCAUUGGCUGAUAGCAGCUCAGCUGGCUGCGCAUCACUCCUCUGGCUGUGUAAGACCAGGGUUCCGUUCUUCAUUCAUGCGCUUUCACGUGAUUCAUUAAAGCCUCUGCAGGGUUUUCACACACUGUAAUAUGUUUUCUUUCCAUUUUUGCUGUGAACUUCUGGUGUUUCAUUUUUAUUUCAAGUGUUUUGGUUAUAAAAUAUCAGUUUAGAAUUGAAUAUCUGCUGACAUGAGUGUUACAUUUCUUGAUGUGUCAGUUUGUAUGUCAGGUACAUUGAGCCUCAUCAGUGAAUCAAGCAGAGUGAAUUUAUGUUCACCAAAAAAAUGAAAAUUUGCUUUUGAUUUACUCCAUUUUUAACAGAUUUGGAGUACGUUUAAAGUUAAAAAUGUCUAAAUUUGUUUUACAAACACAGCUUUUCGCUUCACAAGAUUUGAACUCAAGUCAUGUUUUUAUCAGCUGUUUGGACUCUCAUUCUGACGGCACCCAUUCACUGCAGAGGAUCCUUUGGAAUUUGUUUAAAAAGCCAUUUACAUAAGCAUGAUUUUACAAACAAUUUACACAAAUUCAUUCAUCUUGGGAUUCAUAAAUGAGUCACAUUGUUUAUAUGGAAGGACCAAGAAAAAAUGUACAGGAUAUUCUAGAUAAGAUGUUUUGAUAUGGUAAUUGUUGGGUUUAAAUAUAUAUUUUUUUUUAAUCAACUACUUCAAUUUUUUGUUUGCCUUAUGGGACAAACCUUCAAUCUUUCAUUAUGAAUAUGGAGAUUUGGUUGCAGUACAGAUGCAUGUGUUGGUUAAUUUUAGAUCUUUGAUUUACAGGGUACACGACACUUUACACCCAAUAAGCACUUCAGAAAGAAAAUCCCUCCAGUUUACGAUCGACGAGCCUCAUUUGUCAUUUUGACUGUUGCACGUCAUGCUAUAGGAAGAUAUUUUUGUGUUUUAUUUUGUCUUGGGUGUGGGAUAGUUCAUAUUUUUUUGGGGGCUAUUGUAGAAGCAGAGUGAAUAAACUGCUUCUUUCCAGUCCUGUCUGGUUUGAGGCCACUGAGUUGGUAUAAUCUGAUAUGAGCCCGGCAGGGCUGUUACAGUGGGUAAGAAUGCCGCUUUGGCAGGAACAGUAAAGCAUCCACAGCUGAUAUUGUGUUUCAAAACACAGCGCACUGUAUCUCUCGUCCUAAAGGUUUUGAAAUGAUAUUAAUGUCACAUUUGAGGGCCAAGCGUUAGUUUUGCAUUUAACACGCAGAUAACGUUCAUUAUCGCUGAAGGUCACCGGGUUGAACUCUGUUCGCUUGCUGUUUUACAGUUUAAGUGCUUCUUUGCUUAUUUUCUGGCAUGUGUAAAUAAAUAUCUUUUGAAAUCAUCGAGCAGUGCGACCUUAAAAAGAAUCAACCGGAAUGACAUCAUAGCCGUGUUAAAAUAGGGAUCUGUGGGAACAACGUUAGCACUGUUUUGGGCUCCCAGGGGAAAGGGCAGCGGGAUCACUGGCGGAGUGUCGGAUAAUUCAUAGUCAAGACCUCCUGGACGGUUACCAAUCACGAGAAUGUGAGGAAUGACAUCUGCUACCAUGACUCUAGUUUACUAUUUCAUGCGCUCAACCAUUGGUUAGAUUAGUGAAACAUUAACCAGAGCACCAGGUCAAUGAAAAUGUCAGUGUAUACCUGAAGAUUAAAAUGGCAGGAGUUCUUGUCAUAUUAUGUAAUUUUCAAAUCCGUAAAUAAGCAAGUGAACUGUAUAGCAGUGUUAAAGGGGCUCGCUCUUUAUAUGCAUUCCCAAAUGUAGCUUCUUCUUUCUUGUAUCAGGUUUUUACUUUGUGUUCUUGCAAAAAAACAAAGACAAAAAAAAAAUGCACUGAUAUGUUGGCAAUGAUGGAAUAAACAAUACUUGGGCGUCAUGAACAUGUUGUGAUUGCAUAUUUGUGUGUAAUACACGGUUCUGAUAGUGCUGUUAUCUGCCUCGAAUGUCUUCAGGAAAGUUUUGUCUUCGAUAACGUCAGUCUGCAUUAUUUCACUAUGAAAUUUGAAUAUUAUGUGUUCUGGUGAUGCGCUUUAGUUGGGAUGUUAAAAAACCAAACCAAUAAAUUCUACUUCAUUUAUCUUGA